AGUAUAGAUUAUGGAAUAUUAACAUAGUUUUUGUGUUUCGUUUCCGACUCGGACGUUUAAAUAUUAAUUAACAACUGCAAGUAAUAGUGUAUUUUCCUGUCCCAAGAAGAAUUAUAAUCGUUUGCGAUGGGAUGCGACGGUGGAACUAUACCCAAGAGGGACGAACUAGUACGGACCAAAAAGAAACCCGAACAGAAAGACAAAUCAUCUAUGCAGUUGUACCGUUGGCGUAACUGUCACUUGACUCAAGGGCCACUUCGACCACCAAUAGUCGCUUGUGGCAUGGGUCUUUUGUACAAUAAAGAAUCAGUUUUACAGUAUUUAGUUAAUAAAACUCCAUUUCCUGAAGCUUCAGCGCACAUCAAGAGUUUAAAAGACAUUAAAGCUUUGAGAUUGACUCCCAAUCCAGCAUUCAACGGAAAAGCUCAAAGUGUAGGAGGAUAUAUUGAUAAUAAUUGUUCACCUUUCAUAUGCCCUCUAGUUGGUCUUGAAAUGAAUGACAGAUCAAAAUUCUGUUUCUUAUGGAAGUGUGGAUGUGUUAUUUCUGAAAGAGGUCUUAAACUUGGUGCUGAUAACAAGUGUGUUAAUUGUGUAAUGGAAUAUGAAGAUGAUGAUAUUGUUGUAUUGAAUCCAACCGAAGAAGAUAUAGCGUUAAUGAAAACUAAGUUGGCUAAACGCAAAGAUAAGAUUAAGAGUAAAAAAAAUAAAGUCAAACAAGAAGUUGUAGUUAAAGAAGAACCAGUUGAUGAAGAAGAAAAACCAAUCAUUCCACCAAUCUUACCUAUCAAAACUGAAAAUGAUAUUAAGAAGGAAAUAAAAAAGGAACAAAUAAAGAAAGAACAAAUAAAAAGACCAAUCCCUAGUGCUGCAGGAUCAAGUUCCUCCGUUACUUCUGCUAACUGCCGUAAAUUAGAAGACCCUGUGUAUAAAAAAGCAAAACUUACACACAGCAUUUCUAAAGACCAAACUGCAACCAAUGUAUAUAAGUCAUUAUUCACAAGUCACGAAGACGACAAGAAUCAAACUCGAGCUCAUUGGAUUACGUAUAAUCCGUUCUAUAAUUAAACAUGAAAGCAAUGUUUUGUAUUUUUAUUUUUGUAUAAUUUUUUCCCUUUAAAAAUAUUUACUUCUAUAAUACUCCAAUUGUUUAUUUUAACAUUUUUUUUUAAUUAAAUAACUCAAUUUAUUGGCUAAAAAUAGACAUUUAGAGUGAAAUAUGUAUACCUCGUUUUUAAAUUAUAUUACAUAUUAUUAAAAAUAAAUAAUGAACAAUAGAUAAUAAUAAUUACACAUGGUAC